UCAUUCCCAAAAGACGACAAAAUCGAAGAAACAAAGGCAAUAAUUAAAAAAUGGCCAUGUUUGUAACAGUAUUAGUCAUUGCCUCAGUUUUUACAUGUUCCCAGGCCGGCCUGGUACCCUUGUGUACACUUCCGCAAGUGACCGAUGAAGUUGACAUGGGAAAAGUGCAAGGUGAUUGGUAUCUUUCAGCACGUGAAAAUCAAGAAGUUUACGACGUUAUAAGUUGUGAAGUCUCAACGAAUACAAAAACUGAGCAAGGCUUCACAGCCCAUGUUAAAUUUUACAACGGCGAAGAUGCGAGUGAUGUUAGAGAAGAUACGCCAGAGUUUACUCGUGUUGCUCCUUCGACUUUCCACAUUGUACAAAACAAAGGUGACAGUAGUGAAAUUACAGAAAUCGAAAAUGAUGACACCAAUGCUGGAGCCGAUGCGCAAAUUGUGCUUGAAGACGAUUCAAUCAGACAAAAUCCUUUUCUUUACAUAUCAGAUUAUGCGACAUAUAAUCUGAUUCUUCAUUGUAAUUUGGAUGGCGACAAAGAAAUUUAUGUUGAAACCAAAACCCCAUCAGCAAGUGGUGACGUCAUUCUCAAAGUACGUAACCAGUUGAUCGAUUUUGAAAACGGUUGGGAAAAUGUUAAAGUCUAUCCUAGCAAAUGCGAUCAAGUUAUUGGUAAAUAAAAAAUGACUGUUAAUUAUAAUAUGUGCUUUGAAAAGAUUAAGAGAGUUUUUAUUUGGAUGAAUCCAGAAUCUGUUUGUUAUUUUUGUACUGAUUUCACGUACUGAUACGUUUUCAAGUAUAAUUGGAAAUAAAACGCAGUUUAAGUUCA